CCCCACCCAUCGCCCACGCACACGCUCGCCCGAUCUGUCCCCAACCUCUCUUCCCCAAACCCUCUCCCCUCCUGCACCCAGAUCGGAAUCCAUCCAUGGCGCUGGAGUGGGUGGUGCUGGGCUACGCGGCGGGCGCGGAGGCGGUCAUGCUGCUGCUGCUGACGCUCCCGGGCCUCGACGGCCUCCGCCGGGGCAUGGUCUCCGUGGUGCGGAGCGCGCUCAAGCCGAUGAUGUCGGUGGUGCCCUUCUGCCUCUUCCUGCUCAUGGACAUCUACUGGAAGUACGAGACGCGCCCCACCUGCGACGACGAGCACGCCUGCACACCAUCCGAGCACCUCCGCCACCAGAAGUCCAUCAUGAAGUCGCAGCGGAACGCGCUCCUCAUCGCCGCCGCGCUGCUCCUCUACUGGGUCCUCUUCUCCGUCACCCAGCUCGUCGUCAGGCUCGAGCAGAUGCAGCAGCGUGUCGACAAGCUCAAGAAGCGCAACGACUGAUCCGCGCCCGCUGCCGCAUCCCCGUCUUGUUUGCUGAUCUCGCGGUUCUUCAUUCCUCCCCUUACGAGUUUCUGUUCCUAGAAGGCACACUUUAUCAGUGGACUUGCCUGGGUUGGUUCCUGGUUUAUUUUGUAGCUUGGAUAUUUGAGAUCUCAAUCGGAACAUGAGACAGCAUGGUAGUAGUUUCUGCUGCAGAUCCUAUCUUGAGUAAAUUCCCUGCCUCUAUGACAUAAACGAGUUAAAACUCUCUUGGGAAAAUGCUGUUGGAAAUGCUAAUGCUUUAGGCUGUUUUGAUUGUGUGAUCAUAAUCAACUUGUUUACCCAUGAAUUGGUGUUUAUCUAUUGGAGUUCCGGUGUGA